AUGUCUGCCCUCAACGAGUCUCCGCCAAAGAUUCACAAAACACCAUUUCACGACUCCACCCUUGUGCUUGACAACCUCAAAUGCUCUGUAUCAAAGAAGAGAACCAUAGACGGACUGUCUCCACUGAAGAGGAGAACUGAACUCAAAAGGCCGCUUCCGACACUCUUGCUGACGCAUGGUCUCAGAUCUAAGUCGCUGAUUGCUGAUUUUGCUCGCUCACUGACCGUGGACUUACCUGGUCCUCCACCAAAGCCUGUGGCUUUGUCUCCUCCCAGACCAGCCAAACUCCGUAGAUCGACUUCAUUGCUCACUCUGACAGAAGUUUCUGCUGACCGAUUUAUUCCUAGCCAUCGAAAUUCCACUUCGGGAAAGUUAACUUGUGCCAAUGCGCUUCCUCACCCGAAUGCACUGCCUCAAUCUCAUAUCAAGGCACACACAUCUAAGAUCUACCAGCAUCACGUCGCAGAAGCAUGCGGACUUCACGUCAACUCUCGGAUCUUGAGCUACAGACCUCCUCCGCCUGAGAGAUCAAAGCCAAUCAACUUGUUCUCGCAUCUUUCACUGAGUUCUUCUUCUAUUCCUAAACUGCUACGUCCAUCUGUGGCCUCUGAACGAGCCAAGAAGAUCCCCACAGCACCAGAGAGAGUGCUUGAUGCACCCAACAUCGUGGACGAUUUCUAUCUUAAUCUCGUGGCGUGGUCACUGACCAAUCUCAUUGUCAUUGGUCUUGAAGAUGCCGUGUAUGUGUGGAAUGCACUGACAGGCUCGGUGGGUCUCCUCUGCGAGGUUCCAGGUAAGAUUGUCACUUCUCUCAAAUGGUCCGAUGAUGGCUCAUACAUCUCGCUUGGAAAAGAUGAUGGAACGGUGGAAAUCUGGGAUAUCGAGACAAAUUCCCGACUUAGAACUCUCUCAUAUUCAACCACGGGCAGAAUCGCUUCUCACGCAUGGCUGCUGCACCUUCUCACAUCUGGAUCCAAAGAAGGCACUAUAAGUCAUAGUGACGUUCGAGUUUCCAGCCAUUUGGUGGGAAAACGUGACAAUUCACAUGUUGCUGAAGUAUGUGGUUUGGAAUACCGAGCAGAUGGUCAACAAUUUGCCAGUGGAGGAAACGAUAAUAUGGUAGCAAUCUGGGAUGCCCGAAACAUGAGCGGAGAUGCUCUUUUCCAAAAAAAUAAUCACCGUGCUGCCGUAAAGGCGAUUGCAUGGUGUCCAUUCCAAAACCUGAUGCUUGCAACUGGCGGAGGAACUAGUGACAAGACUAUCCACUUCUGGAACACUUCGACAGGAGCGAGAAUCAACCUGAUUGAGACCGAGUCACAGAUCUCCUCGCUCAAUUGGGGAUGCACAAAGGGAACUGGCUACGAAGUAGUGGCAACACAUGGAUAUCCAUCCAACAGCAUAUCGUUGUUCCAUUACCCUACAUUACAAAAAACAGGAGAGAUUACGCAUGCACACGAUUCUAGAAUCCUCAAUGGAUGCCUUAGUCCCGAUUCAACUACAUUAGCCACGGUGGCCGGUGACGAGAACCUCAAGUUCUGGUCACUUUUUGAUACAUACAAGCAGUCAGGAAAUGACGAGGCCGAGCUAGCCAGCAAUGACACAAAGCACAUCAAGAAGCUCAUGAACAUCCGUUAG